AUGUCUUCACAGGCUGUCCCGGACACCCAGCUAGGGCUCACCAAUGAGGAGAUCCAGCUGCUUCGCCAGGGGCAGGCGGCACUGGGAGGGGGGUCCAGCAGCUCGCGCGCUGCCAGCCGCGCAAGUAGCCAAGGUCUUCUGUUACUUGACAGCUCCUCACUUUCUGCUUUAGGCCGUUACUUUGAUCAUCUCAUGGCCAGUAUCGAACAACGAAUCAAUUACCUGAGCCACGAAGCCCAGCGUUUUACCCAGCUGCAAUACGAUGAUGCCGAUGGGAUCAUUGGUGGUGCCGACGCAGAAAUUGCUCGUUAUACCGAGAUUCUUCAGCAACUGGACGAGUUAGAGGUGGAUUUCGACCGCAUAGCCCACAUCAAGGAAAUUGUUAAGGGCUAUAGGUCAAGAGUGGAAAGCCUGGAGCGGGAUCUGGAGAGCAGUGGUAGCUCCAGCCGGCAUCACCAUUCUCGGCACUCAUCAUCGCACCAUUCUUCGUCCCAUCGUAGUCACUCCCAUCGCCAAAGCAGCUCUCACCGCUCGCGACACUAA